AUGAUGUUGAACUACAAGCAAUGCUUUAGGGAACGGCCAUGCAGAAAUGAUUCCUUAAAGGAUAAUAGACCUAUAGUUUCAUAUAAACUCCAUGCUGAAGACCUUCGGCAUAAGCUUCGAAGAAAAGGUCUGCAGCAGCAGCCAGUUUCAAGAUCAUACCUUCCAUGGAAAUUGAUACCUGGAAGUGGGACUACGCAUCAACGAUCUGUCAAAUUUGAGAAGUUAGCUUCAGCACUUCAUCAACAGCCAAUUGAAAGCGAGAAAUUAGCUGGAUAUAAGCACCAACUGGCUGCGAGCAGCAAUUUACUCAAAUAUAAGGCAGUAGCUGAACCUCCACUGAAUCCUGUCCCAGCCUCAUUGAACAAAAUCUCACAGAAAGAGACGGAACUUUCAGUCGACAGAGGUCUAGAGAAAUAUUCGAUGACAUUCAAGGUAGAAGAGGUCGAUAUGCCAUCUCUUAAACACAUGACAGAUGACGAUUUAAAGACAAUAGGCCUUCCUAUGGAUUUUCUUUUCCGAAUAGACGAUUAA